AUGGCCGCUGACAAAUUUUUCAUCAUGUCUUUCAGACUUGGAGGGUUUGUGCGCUCUUUGCACACGUCUGUGCCCGUGCAGGCGCGGCAAAAGUAUAUGAAAAAGAUUAACCGACUGCAUAAACACUGGGCCAAAGAGCUUUUCAGACCACAGCCCGAGUACGUUGACCCGGUGCUAGGCCAGGCGCAGGUGCCAUUUCUGGAGCGAGUGCGGGCCAGUAUUAACCAGGCCGAGAACCAGAUUGACCAGCUGAGCCCCGAGGAGUCUUCCAAAAUUCUGUUUGGUGCCGAGCAAGCCGCCAAACAGCGCACAGGCUUUGCCCACAACGAGGCAGUCAGCCAAGCAGAGGCUCGCAAGCGGGAGAUUUUCGCUCGGUUGGUGAGCCUUAAUAACUCCAACCAGCAGCAGUACAAAAAGCAGGCUGUUCAGCUUGCAGUCAAGGAGUUUGAGCGGUUCCCUGGCGACACUGGCUCCAGCGAAGUUCAGGCAGCUAUUCUGACCAUGCGCAUCCAGUUCCUAGCCGCGCACGCCAAAGACACAAAGAAGGACUUGCAGGCCAAACGCAAGCUCGAGCACCUUGUUCAGACCCGCCGCAACAUCCUGCUCUACCUCAAGCGUACCAACCAGGAGCGCUACAUGUGGACUAUUGAAAAGCUCGGCCUAAGCGAUGAGGCAGUCAUGGCAGAGUUCCACAUGUCUCGGCAGUACCUCUUCAAGACCCAGUUCUACGGCGAACAUACCUUGCCGCUCAAAAAGACUAAGAAAGACACCCGUGCUGCCCGCAAGUUCGAGCAACGCAAGGCAAAGGCUCUCAAAUAUCUGGCUCACAACAACCCGGAUAUGGCGCUUUAA